GUGGAGGGCGAAGUCGUCACGCCAUUCCUGGAGAAACAACAUGGGAAGAUCGUCCUGCCGGCCCAAUACGCUGGAACUGCUGGCCGCGGUUCAUCUGAGGCAGGCUUAUCCGAGGGCGGUUUGCCCAACGGAGGAGGAUAACUCAGGCCUCGCCAUCCUGCCAGGGAGGAUUUGGAAUCAUUGGAGGAGUUUAAAGUGGUGGGGAAGGGCGGGAAGCUAAGUUGGGCCCUAACGUUUUUUAAGUGGGAUGGAGGUGCGGGAGGAUUCUGAGCAGGGGAGAGAAGAGAGGGAAGCGGUGGAGGUGGGAGAGGAAGAGGGGGAGGAGGAGGAAGAAAGGGUAGAGGGAGGGUGGGAAAGGGAAGCAAGGGAGGAGCAAAAAUGGGAGGAAAGGGAGGAAGGAGAGGUGGACAGGGAAGAAAGAGAGGAGGGGGAUGAAAGGGAGGAGGGGGAGGUGGAAGUGGAAGAUCGGGAUGGAGAGGAGGGAGAGGCUGAAAGGGAGGAGGGAGAGGAUGAAAGGGAGGAGGGAGAGGAUGAAAGAGAGGAGGGAGAGGAUGAAAGAGAGGAGGGAGAGGAUGAAAGUGAGGAGGGAGAGGAUGAAAGAGAGGAGGGAGAGGAUGAAAGAGAGGAAGGAGAGGAGGAUGAGGAUGAAAGAGAGGAGGGAGAGGAGGAAGAGGAUGAAGAAGUGGAGGGAGAGGAGGGAGAGGAUGAAAGAGAGGAGGGAGAGGAGGAAGAAGAUGAAAGAGAGGAGGGAGAGGAGGGAGAGGAAGAAAGAGAGGAGGGAGAGGUGGUGGAGGUGAAAGAGGAGGAGGAGGCAAGGGUACUCAAGUGGCCGCCCUGAGGGUGAUCCAGACGCUCUUG